UUUAUGAAUGGGCGGGGAUUGAGCUGUUGAGGAAGACCGAAGCAUUGUGAUUGACUCGGAUGAGAUUCAAGCCAAGAGGAUCCACUGCAUGAGGUUGAACUGUGUUUGUGAGCGAAAAAACAGCACAGAUUUUCCGAUCGUGCUGAAGAGAAUGGUCUCGAUUUUCCAGAACUUUUCAAAAGGACCUGGACCACGUGACUACAAAAAAAUUCGGGUCUAUUCACUCAGGACAUCCUAAAAAAGCAAACAUUUCACCCUGGACCUAAUAGGCAAGUACACCUCCCCAGAACGAGACAGACAUACCUGCCUUCACAUAUGCACACGCCUAUCAAUAGGUCCAAUGUUGAGUUUGGUGGACGCGUGUAGCACUAGCAUAUGUUAAACACUUGUGUAUGCGACAGACGAAAAAUAUAGUGCGGGGUAUUAGACUUAAAGGUUUUUAGUGCUGCCAGGCUCUUGUGAACGGGAUGAACCUUCUUUUCAGUUAGUUUGCGCUCAAAAUAAGUCAUCGUCGUUGUUCGGACAUCGUCUCAGACGGAAAACAUCUCGAUAAAUACCGGACAAAAAUAUUCGAUUUGUUGUUGCUGGUUUUUUUUUUUUUUUUGCCUGUUUUUGUUUUCUGUUUAACGCUGUUUUGUUUAUUUAUUUUGCUGGCUCAUUCAAAAUUUUCCCCCGAGAUUUUGAUCAAUUGAGUCUCAUCCCGAACAAGGAAGCGUAUUUCUUCCCGAUAAAUACUCCGGAAAUGCAAUACGAUCGUGUUGAAUAUAGAUUGACUCAUUGCCCUAACGAGCUUACAUCUAACCCUGGAACAAUCAGAAUUAUUAAGAAAAAUUCCUAGCCCUUUGGAUGAUCCCGUAUCUGAGCCAACGAUAAACCGAAAUCCACCUUGGAAACACAAUCAUGCCCUGUGCCAUAAUUGCAAGGAUCAGUCUAAGAAUUCAGUGUUUGUUACAAGUGCCUAGUUGAUAGUUGGUUUCCCUCUCGCGAUAGCUGAAUGAAAAAUCAGAAAAUCAUGAAUGAAAAUCAUUGUGAAAUGUGCUCUAAGUUUAAUACGAUAGUAAACCAUUGUGUUAUCUCGCGACAACUUACCAGAAAAGUUAAAUAAGGACGUGAUUCCUUAUCUUCGAUAAAAAAGUGUCAGAAAAGUGCUGAGUUUGCACGAAAUCUGUUUUUUGUGUGGCAACAAAGAAACACGGUUGUAACACCGUUGGUUUCAAGUUAUCAGUGUCUAUCGCGUCUUUGGAUAAAAUCAAACAACUGAAAAGUGCAACGAGCAGUGGUGACAGGAAAGAGCUUUGUUUCUACAUCCCAGUCAGCAGGAUAUUCAAGAGCAACUAUGGAUGCUUAUACGCUACCAACAUACUUUCCCAUACCAUUGCAUUCGCCCACAUUUGGUUACGUCAGUUUAACAAACAGUUCAAGUUAUUCGGAAUUUUUAGCUUCACGACGUGCUGCUGCUGUUGCUGCAGCAGCUACAGUUCUGCCGCCACCGCCACCGCCUCCACCACCACCGUCGGCUGCCAAUCAACCACCUGGUGUUCCACCACCACCACAACCACAUGAUUUUCAUCCAGCUUACAGAAUUCCUGGUUACAUGGAGCAUUUGUAUUCAUUACAGCAUGCAAGUCCGACAGCAUCUUUACAUGCACAACAAACAUUCUUAGGUCUUGGACUCAACUCUGAUUACCUAGGGGGGCGUGGACCAUUAGGCGAUAUCCAUCCACCGCCGAGUUCAUUGGCCAGCACAGAUUUUCCAUUCAGUAUAGAUGGUUCCCGACUUAACAGUCCACGAUCCGGUAGUAUACGCGCCAGUGUUAGCCGUAAACGUGCCUUAUCCUCAUCACCGUAUUCGGACUCAUUCGAUAUCAACUCCAUGAUACGUUUUUCACCCAACUCGCUAGCAACUAUAGUAAAUGGAUCCCGGAACAGUAGUGCAAGUGGAUCAUAUGGUCAUCUGUCUGCAGGAGCAAUGAGCCCCGCUCUGGGCAUGCAUUCAGCUAGUGGAAUGGCGCCGCAUAUUCAACAGUUACAAGCACAUUUAUUACGAGCAGGAGCUGGCCUUCUUCAUCCAUUGCCCCCACAUCAUAAUCCAUCUUCAGCCAGUAUGUUCUCCUUGGCGCAUCAUCCACUGCAGACGUCAAAUCCACUGCCGAAACCACCGCACCUGGAAGAGCAGCAACGACAGAAACCGGAACUACCCUCAUCCAGUACCCAAGUUGUCCAGGUUGAGGCAGACAGCGCUUCGAACACCUUGGCACGUCGGAGUCGUUGCAAGCGGGACUCGAUUGGUAAUAAUGGGACCCAUAUGAAUGGACAUCAGAAUGCAGAUGGCGAUAUCGCAACGGUUGAUACCACCGAGAUUAAAGAUGAGCCAGGCGAUUUUGUCGAAACCAACUGUCACUGGCGCGAUUGUCGUAUUGAAUUCAUGACCCAGGAGGAACUGGUUAAGCAUAUCAACAACGAUCACAUCCACGCCAACAAGAAAUCAUUCGUAUGCAGGUGGGAAGACUGUUCUCGCGAAGAGAAACCAUUUAAGGCACAAUAUAUGUUGGUUGUACACAUGCGACGGCACACUGGCGAAAAGCCUCACAAAUGCACAUUUGAAGGCUGCUGUAAGGCUUAUUCACGGUUGGAAAAUUUGAAAACUCAUCUGAGAUCGCAUACCGGAGAGAAACCCUACACUUGCGAAUAUCCUGGAUGCAGCAAGGCCUUCAGCAAUGCAUCAGAUCGAGCGAAGCAUCAGAAUCGAACGCAUAGCAAUGAGAAACCUUACGUUUGUAAGGCACCUGGCUGUACUAAACGUUACACAGACCCCAGUUCACUUCGUAAGCACGUGAAAACUGUUCACGGGGCCGAGUUCUAUGCAAAUAAAAAGCACAAGGGUGCUUCGCAUGACCCUGGGGGAGGUGGCGGCACCAACGGUACAGAUGACAAUCAUCACGGAGCUACAGGUAUCGAUUCCAGUCCACGCAGUGAGGAUCUCCAUUCAGGCAAGACAGCAAGCCUUUCAAGUCCCAGUAUCAAAUCCGAAUCGGAAGCAAAUUCGCCAGGACAGCCGCCUAUUAACAGCCCUAUGGGAGUGUCGCAUCUCAUUAAUGGCGUCCACGAAGAUUUUGAGUGUUUACCAUCUUCAAAUACAACCGCUGCACCUAUCGGAGGAAGUGUGUCUGCCACCGAUGAUCCAGCUUGGCCAUAUGAGGAUGAGGACUUGGAGGUGGCUGAUUUACCAGUUGUUUUACGAGCGAUGGUUGGUAUCGGCUCAGGGACGGGAAAUGGUAUUGGAGGCUCGGGUAGUACGACAUGUACUAUGACAACCAAUGGUGUUAACAAUCCUCGAAAUCGCUUCAAAAGUCGCUUGCAGGCUAAAUCAGUCAACGCCUUGACGAACAUUCCUGAAAUAAAUCGAUGCAACAUUGGCAUUGGUGAGCUCAAUCGACGGAUAACUGACUUAAAAAUGGAACCCGGGACAGUUCUCCCGCCACAAGCACCAUUGAAUAAUACGUCAGGUCUGCCUCAAUUAACUGACCUUCAAUGUCGGCUGCAACCUCAGACGCCAAGUGGCACUCAGCUACCCGGACAAGGUAUGGCUGUGGUUAUACAGCGACGUGACAGUAACAACUCGAAUGCAAGCACGUAUUACUGCAGUAUGCGUUCUGCGGAUAUGAGCCGAAGGAGCAGCCAGGCUUCACAAUUAUCCUCAAUAUCUACAAUGCGUCCAAAUAGUUACAAUGCUUCAUCGUCGUCUUUCUAUGAUCCGAUUUCGCCUGGUUGCUCGCGGCGUUCUAGUCAAAUGUCCAUGACAACGACUGGUGGUCAAAGUCUUCCGCCACCUCCAUCAUCUCAUUUGAUCUCAUCCCAUCUGCAACGUUUACAAGGUCACAUGGCAUGCAAUCCAGCUGGGGCCUCGAUGAAAUCUAGUGGGCGUUAUUCAAUACCCAAUGUUCCCACACAUCAGUACAAUGCCACCCUUCUGCAGAACCAAAUGGAUCGAAGACAAUCAGAGCCAGUUACUCAUAGCUAUAAUAGAAUGUUGAUAUCACCGGUUCCGUCACAAAGGUCCAUCACCCCGAAAGCCAAGCCUGAUUGCGUAGUCAAUUCCGCGGCGACUACAGCAACGACUACUUGUCCUGCUGUCCCACCUGUGCAUCAUCCAAAUGAGGAGGUCGUUCUCGAUGAAGUAGAGGAGGGGGAAAUGGUGGAGAACAAGCUUGUGAUACCAGAUGAAAUGCUCCAAUACUUGAAUCAAGUGGCCGACUUUCAACAACCGUCUCCGUCAUCAGGCACCAAUGUGCCACAGCAGCAAACUGCUUCUGAUUGCUAUCAAGCGCAACAACAGCAACAACAUACCAAUUCACCUAAUGGUCUCUUCAACUGGACGACUGACACGCAGUCACAACAGCAGCAACAGGCUAACUCUAGCGUUCCUAGAACGAAUCCGAGUAGUUCUAUGAUAUAUAAUGGAACUGGAAUUGGACCAGGUAAUCAGUAUGAGCCUCCGUACACAGGUGCGAUCCCGAAACAACAACAGCAUCAUCAGCAGCAGCAAGAAAAUCGUCAGCAACCUUGUUACAACACGACGAAUAUGGGAGGCUACCCAGGCUACAAUGAGUUUAGUUCGACCAUGCCGACUGAUCAACACCAGCAACAUAACCCCAACAAUCAUCAGCAUCACCAACAGCAACAGCAGAACCAAUUUUCUAACAACGGUUUCAUGCAGCAGUACAACCUUAAUGCAGCCAUGAUGACUACAUACCGUGCCAUAGCUUGCAUACACUUAGCUGGCUACUAUCAUCGCACCGAAGCCAGUGCGGGGAACUGUUGCUCCAAUAUAUCUAACGGCAACCACUGCUGUGAUUCUCCCAAGAAGUUCUAUUUCAACAAUCAACAACAACAACAGCAGCCACAAACAGUCAACAAUGACCUGGUUUCCGCCACUCCUGAAAUACAAUGUGGCGAUAUUAGUCAAUCUCAAAUGUCUCCAGCAUCUGUGCCACCAUCUUUAAACUCGGUCCAGGCACCUGAAGUGAUGUUAAGCCCAGUCACAGCACAACCAGCUGACCCGAAUUCCAUACGACAAGUGUACUCUGGACCUCAGGCAGCUGGCCAGCUUGUCCAGGAAGCACAACAACCUCCUCAACCAGCUCCUCAGCAAGGAUCCAAUGCUCAAACGAAUCUAGGCAAUGCACUUAUGCCUCCACCCACCGCAAUGGAUACUAAUCAGAGCUCCCAGGGCGUGGCAUAUAAUCACACUGGGAUGAGACAGGACGCGUACCAACGAACGCUGGAGUAUGUACAGAAUUGUCAGAAUUGGGUUGAGAGCACAAAUGAUACCGUGACCAGCUCAACACAUCCUAGCUCAAAUAUGAUUAUAAAUGACAUGACCACGUCCUUGAAUUCAUUGCUCGAGGAAAACCGAUUCCUUCAGAUGAUCCAAUAAUGCAAGUAGUUUUUCUUUAUCAUUUAGACUGUUCGAGAUACCCUCGAGGUUCCUGGGAACCAGGAACCAGUCGAACUGCCAAUUUUCAGCUCUAACUCGACCAGAGCAUGAUACAUUGGUCAUAUAGAUGUUUCAGACUUUACGAAACUAUGGACUCGAAAUAGUUUGAAAACGUCAAGAAUUUAUUUUCUCUCCAAAAAAAUCUUUUUUUUUUGGGACAGAUAAAAGAUAUUAUACAAAAAAAAAAAAUCACAGAACCUCUUCCCGUGACUUCUUGAGCGAGUUCUUUUUUUUAAUAAUCUUUAAUUAUUUUUUAAAAAUAAGUUUGGAUAUUUCAGUGCAUUAUAUUAUUAUAUUUACAAAAUUUGUUUUUUAAUUAGAAAAUUAAAAAAAAUUAAAAAUUAAAAAUUAAAAAUUUCUUAUUUCAAUAUUAAGGGUGAUCUGCAGAAUUAUUGUAGUUGCUAUAAAUUAAAAAAAAGGGAAAAUAAAGAAAAAAACAUUCUAGAAAAUAGGUAAAGUGAAUAACGAAGCGUAAAACCAUAUUAAAUAUCUUAGAUUAUAAAUUAAAUUAAGAUAAAAAAUCUUUAUCUAUUAUAGAAUUAUCAUAAAAUUAAAAAAAUCAAUCGCAAAAUAAAUAAAAUAAAUUGAACGAAACAAAGACAAAAUACGGAACGAAGACAUUACAAUGACCCCCUUCCAGGGUCUUUGAGGGUUCGAUUUAUUAAUCCAGUCCAUAUCGAAUUGAAUUAUAAUUCUAGAUAACGCAAAGAUGCUUUCACAGUUGAUUAAGUUAUCAACAAAACUAUGAAAUAACAACAUAGAAAAUAAGAAAAAAAAAAAAAAGAUUAACGAAACAAAUCGAAAGUAGGAAUUCAAGAAAAUUAAAAUGAAAGAGAAAUUAUAUCUUAAAUCUUAGUAUCUUAGAUAUAAAUAAAAUUAUAUGAUUUUUAUACAUAUACGAGAAAACCUAAAACUUCUACCGAAUAAGCUUCUUUACUAUGUAUCAGAGAAUAAAUCUUUUUUAUCAUAUUUUGAUGAAAUAAAUGAAAAAUUUAUUAUUUAC